AUGCUUUUCAUGAUGCCGGUUAGGAUUAUUAAGUUAACCAAUGGUUUCCUACCAGUGAACUAUUCACUGAUCAAUGUUUUUUUUUUUUUUUUUUUUUUUUUUACUCCCCAUUUCCUGAAACAAGGCCACAGUCAAAAUACUGGUGAUAAAUGCUACUUAUUUUCAGCCACAUAUCUCAUUUCCUCGUAUAGUUAGUUAAGUUGCUGAAAUUCAAUUAUCCCUUUUUUAUUUUAUUGCAGAGUAAUUGAAAGGCCAACACUUUGACAAACAAGGAAUCAAUUUAUUUUAUUAACGCCAAGAAACACUUAAGUAAAUUGACUGCUAAGACCGCCAGCCACACUCAGUACUUCUGAAAGUGUGCAUCUGUCAAACUGCGAAGAAAACAAAAAAAAAUCCGUGAUUUGAUACCCUAUCGUCCCGCAAGCCAUCAGACCAGUCACCUUCAACAGUACAGUGCACUGAGUACAACAAAGUGGUCAAGCCUUGGCUACUUUGUACUCGCUUUAUGGGAUUUUUUCCAGGUAAGUGAAUUAAGAGUGAUAUAGACAGUAUAAAAGUGACCGGGAAGCUAAGGCCCUGUUUACAAGGAGGUAGGGUAACCCUAGUGCUAGGGUUACCCUAGCAAGAGGGUUACCCUGGCACUCACACUUUACAAGGCGGCCAGGGUAACCCUAGCUGCCUUGUAAAUGCUCUGCUAGGGACAACUCGCCUACCCGGGACAACUCUAUUUUGGCUCCCAAAAGCAAAACAUUAUCACAGUACCGACACAGUCAGCAAAUUGUGACCAAGAAAAUAUCAAUUUCUUUCACAAUUUGUCAUAUGUUUGCUCUGGAAAUAAUAUUUUUCCGGUUUUGUAAUUUGUUCUGUCGGUUGCGUGCUUUAUUUACAAGGUUAACCGAAGCGUAACGAGUGCAAAGUUGUCUCGGGCAGUAGGGUUACCCUACCUGUAAAUUUUGCUUGUAAACCCGGGCUAUCUUUUAACCCUCUUGCUAGGGUUACCCUGGCAGUAGGGUUACCCUAUCUCCUUGUAAACAGGGCCUAAGAUUCAGGGCCAGGUGAGGGGUCAAGUUCUCUUGUGUAAAACUGUUUUUCGUUCCUUAUAUUUUGUUACAUUAAGGUCUUCAAUUUGAGAAUUUAGAUGUUUUGAUUUUUUGUAUGCCUUGCGACUCGUAUGAUAGUUAUGUCAAAGAUUUGUAUCGUGAGGGUUUCUAUCUAUGUUUUUUAUUGGACAGCGUACUGAGGUUUUUUUGCAGAAGGGCGCAGUCUUUAUCAAACCAUAAUUUGUUUUCUUUGGUUUCUUUUUAAGGCAAACUGCUGUGAGAGAGCUUUCACCGUACACGCAUUCAACCACCAAGCCAUCCUCGCACAAGCAAUCACCAACCACACCUACCAAGCAGGCACCGACCACCACUAUUGACUCUCGCUUUAUUUUUUUCGCAGUGAACUUUUUACCUGAUUUAUUUUAUUCUAUAACAAUUAUUUUUUGGUUUUUUUGCUUUCUUAUUGUACUGCCUUUUUCUGUAUUGUUCUUUUACUUUUGCUGGCUCAGGAUCUGGGGAAACAACGAACCACCCGCCGCAACCAACAUUCCAUUGAGGGAAAGAUUGGGAUCACUACCCCCUGUUCCUGAGCAGCAGUGACAUUUUUUUAAAAACAUUCCAUUCAAAUUUUCUUUUCAUUUCAUUUCAACUUGCUGUAAAAUUUGCUUUGCUUUCUCUCCUUAUUCAAUAUGAACAGUCUGACGAAUUUCGAGCACAAUAUAUUGAUCAGUUCUCUGUAUUUUCCAGCUUCAUACAUAUAGUUUCUUAAUCAUUUUUGUUCGCGGACUUGUGUAAAUGUCAUUUCCUUGCAAAUAGGCAAUUCCACAUGACUGUAAAUAAUAGAAAUAUUUAAAAACCUGUACUUCACUUAUCAAACGUUAUUUUUUUGGGGGGAGUGUGCGUUUGUUUGUGUGUUGUUCGCGCAAGAGUAGUGAUUUAAACCGUUUCGUGGUAGGCGAGUUUAAUUUUAACCUUUUUCGAAGACAGUAAAUUAAUAGAUAUGUUUAUAUUUUACAGGUCACUAUAUCGGUGUGCAACUGUUUUUUUUUUUUUUUUUUUUUUUUUUUUGUGUGUGUGUGUGUGUGUGUGUGUGUGUGUGUGUGUGUGUCGAACUCAGUGAUUAGGCCACUACAGAUCCAGUUUUUUCUCCUUGAAGACACUUUUAUGGGUUUUUAUUUCCCGCUGCAUUCUUCAAAUUCGCAUUUCGAAAUAGCCCGUGAACAUCCGCAAUACAGCCCCCGAGAACUUGCAUAUUCAUGACCAGUUUAAAGAAAGAGCAUUUUUUUUGUUUUGAGUUUAAAACACCGUUAAGCAAACGUAAAAUAUCCUUGAAAAAACUAGAGCUACGGCAGGAUUGAAGACAAAACCAAAGAUACGUUAACAUUGCCAAAAGUUUACACGAAAAUCCUUCUGUCGAACGCUAACGUGAAGGACUGCGCAGCUUUAUUUAACAAUAAAAUCCGCGCCAUGUUAAUUAAUGUUUUCGAAGCACAGUCGGUUAGGCACCGAACAGGCAGUCAGACGGUCUGAAAGUUCGUUUUAACAGUGUUCUUUUUUCGCUCACUCUUUUUUCUUUUCUUCUUCAACUCGGGAAAAGGCAAAGCUAUUUUGAGAGUUCAAAAAAAAAGAAAAAAUUACAACAUUUUCAUAAGAAAGAGUGAGCGAAAAAAAGGCAUUUUUUUAAAAAAAUUACUUAAACCCGUCCGUCUGACUGCGAGUUCAGUGCCUAACCGACUGAGCUAGACAGUUAGCUACACAGUCCAAAUUUUAUCGUGAAAUAAAACUGCGGUCCUUCACGUUAGCGUUCGACAGGAGCGUUUUCGUAUAAACUUUUGGCGAUGUCAACGUACCAAACUCUCAAAAUGGCCAUGCCUUUUCCGAGUUGAAAAAGAGAAGGACAAAAAAUGAGUGAGCGAAAAAAAAAAACGACAUUUUUUAAAAAGAGAACUUUACCGACCGGCUGACGGCGAGUCCAAUGCCUAACCAACUGUGCUACGAGAACAUUCGUUAAUACAACUUACAUUUUAUCGUCAAAUAAAGCUGCAGCAGUCCUUCACGUUAGCGUUCGAAAGGAACGUUUUCGUAUAAACUUUUGGCGAUGUCAACGUAUCAAACUCUCGAAAAUGGCUUUGCCUCUUCCCGAGUUGAAAAAGAGAAGGAAAAAAAAAGGGUGAGCGAAAAAAAAGACAUUUGUUAAAAAAGAGCCGUACCGACCGUCUGACUGCGAGUCCAAUGCCUAACCGACUGUGCUACGAGAACAUUCGAUUACGCGGCUUAAAUUUUAUCGUGAAAUAAAACUGCGGCACUCCUUCGCGAAAGCGUUCGACAGGAGCGUUUUCGUAUAAACUUUUGGCUAUGUCAACGUAUCUUUGGUUUUGUCUUCAAUUCUGCCGUAGCGUGAGUUUGUUCAAGGAUAUUUUACGUUUGCUAAACGGUGUUUUAAACUCAAAACAAAAAACAUGCUCUUUCUUUAAGCUAGUUAUGAAUAUGCAAGUUCUCGGGGGCUGUAUUGUUUUGAUGAAACAAAAGGCUUCUUUUGUUUCGGCUUCAUUCAAUGAAAGCCGCUACGAAAUUCAAGGUUUUUUGCAUACGUUAUUUCUCGAAAAUGAAGCGCAAACCAGCGAAAAAAAACCAAAACAGUGUAUAUCGAGUAAAACUAAGUCCACAUGCCAAAAUUCAACUACUUCUGAACACUUUCAAAAAUGGCCGAAAAAUCAAGGGUCGUUCUUGCUCUGAGCCUUUCAUUAUUGAGAUCACAUUAUAGCCUCCAUGGAAGACCAAGAGCUUGACAAUGGAGCCCCCAUUCGCUCUGCGCAUCAACUCCUUCAGCACAUUGCAGAAAUAGUCAACUUGUUCAACUUGAAAUGUCCACUAACAAACAUCAGUGACAUUAGGCUGAAAAAGUUGAACAGUUUUUAUUCUUUCAUGUUGGAUUGGAGAGAGAAGAGCACAGAUCACAAUUCAUCUUUUAUCUCCAGUAAAUUGGGGCUUGAUCUACAGUCAAUGUGCCUUGGCUUCCAUGCCCUGGUGCAAGUAAAACUGCAGUAUUUCCUAUACUCAUGCAUUAGGCCAGCCAUUGUCAAUCAGGAUUGUGUAGAAAACCACUUUUGUCAAGAAAGAUCUUGCAAUGGUCAAAACAAUAAUCCGACAUACAAUCAGCAACAAUAA